CCUGUGCCUCUGUCGGUCCCUCCCGGCAUUGCAGUCUCCUCCAUCUGCACAGCUGGGGCCAGAGGGAGGAGACACCAUGACCCCCACCCUCAUGGCCCUGCUCUGCCUUAGGACCCUCCCCAAACCCACCAUCUGGGCUGAGCCAGGCUCUGUGAUCCCCUGGAGGAGGCCUGUGACUGUCUGGUGUCAGGGGACCCUGGAGGCCCAGGAGUACCAUCUGGAUAAAGAGGGAAGCCCAAAGCCAUGGAGCAGACAGAGCCCACUGAAGCCAGAGGACAAAGCCAAGUUCUCGAUCCCACACAUGGCAGAGCAAUAUGCAGGGAGAUAUCACUGUUACUAUCUUAGCCACAUUGGCUGGUCAGAGCACAGUGACCCCCUGGAGCUGGUGGUGACAGGAGUCUACAGCAAACCCUCCCUCUCAGCCCUGCCGAGCCCUGUGGUGACCUCAGGAAGGACCGUGACCCUCCAGUGUGGCUCAUGGCUGGGAUUUGACAGAUUCAUUCUGACUAAGGAAGGAGAACAUAAGACCUCCUGGACCCUGAACUCACAGCAACACCCCAACGGGCAGUCCCAGGCCCUGUUCCCUGUGAGCCACGUGAUGCCCCACCACAGGUGGAUGUUCAGAUGCUAUGGCUUUUACAGGUACAGGCCGCAGGCGUGGUCAGACCCCAGUGACCCCAUGGAGCUCCUGGUUCCAGGUGUGUCUGGGAAGCCCUCCCUCCUGACCCAGCAGGGCCCUGUCGUGGCCUCUGGACAGAACCUGACCCUCCAGUGUCUCUCUGAUGUCGGCUAUGACAGAUUUGCUCUGUCCAAGGAGAGAGGAUGUGACCUCCCCCAGGGCCUUGCUCGGCAGCCCCAGGCUGGGCUCUCUCAGGCUGACUUCUCCCUGGGCCCUGUGAGACCUUCCCACGGGGGCCAGUACAGAUGCUAUGGUGGGCACAACCUCUCCUCCAAGUGGUCGGCUGCCAGUGACCCCCUGGACAUCCUGGUGGCAGGACAGCUCCCUGACACACCAUCCCUCUCAGUGCAGCCGGGCCCCACAGUGGCCUCAGGAGAGAAUGUGACCCUGCUGUGUCAGUCACGGAGCCCGAGGGACACUUUCCUUCUGUCCAAAGAGGGGACAGCUGAUCCCCCCCUGCGUCUUAGAUCAGAGUACCAGGCUCAGCAGUACAAGGCCCAAUUCUCCAUGAGUCCUGUGACCUUAGCCCACGGGGGGACCUACAGGUGCUACAGCUCACACAGCACCUCCCCCUACCUGUUAUCACAACCCAGUGACCCCCUGGAGCUCAUGGUCUCAGGUGAGGGGCCGUGACUCUGUCCUUUCUGAGUCAGUCAGCUCAGGGCUCUGUCCCCCAGAGAGCUCUGGGCUGGGAUGGGAGUGAGGGGGCUCUGAGGGAGGGUCACCCAGAGAGGCAUCUGCCCCUCAGAGU